GCUGUUGUUUGUGCGCAUGCAAACUUUGCAGAGGAGCAGCUCAAACUUCGCAGCCAACCCCAUCAAACACCAUGAGAGAGUUCAAGAGCAAGGAGUUCUGGAGGGCCGUUCUGGCCGAACUGGUCGGCAUGACCCUCUUCAUCUUUCUCAGCAUCUCCACGGCCAUUGGGAACCCCAACAACAGCAACCCAGACCAGGAGGUGAAGGUGUCACUGGCAUUUGGACUUGCCAUUGCAACACUGGCCCAGAGUUUGGGGCACAUCAGUGGAGCCCACCUGAAUCCUGCGGUUACACUCGGGAUGCUCGCCAGCUGCCAGAUCAGUGUGCUCAAGGCAGUGAUGUACAUUGUGGCACAGAUGUUGGGUUCAGCCCUGGCCAGUGGUAUCGUGUAUGGAGCGCGUCCAAAUAACACCAGUGUCCUGGGGCUCAACUCUCUCAACGGUGUCACCCCCAGUCAAGGCGUGGGCAUAGAGCUUUUGGCAACCUUCCAGCUUGUGCUGUGUGUCAUUGCAGUCACUGAUAAAAGGCGGCGUGAUGUCACUGGUUCAGCUCCCCUGGCCAUUGGCCUCUCGGUCUGCCUGGGACACUUGGCAGCUAUCAGUUAUACAGGCUGCGGCAUCAACCCCGCCCGGUCCUUUGGUCCAGCUUUGAUCCUGAACAACUUUACAGACCACUGGGUGUACUGGGUGGGUCCGAUGUGCGGUGGGGUAGCAGCGGCGCUCAUUUACGACUUCUUGCUGUCCCCCAAAUUUGAUGACUUCCCUGAGCGCAUGAAGGUGCUGGUUAGUGGUCCAGUUGGCGACUAUGAUGUCAACGGAGGGAACGACGCUACCACUGUGGAGAUGUCGUCGAAAUAGUUACAAACAUUUAAAGCCAAUGUACAUGUCUAUACUCUUGUAAAAAAUAUACAUACAAAAAUUACAACAAGUCUUGAAUUCAGUGUAGUAUAUUAACAUUUUGGUGUUAUGUUGAAAUACCAUUGAGGAUUGUUUUCUACGGGUCAUUUUAGUGUCACAAUCUAAUUCACUCUUUUUUAUUGACCCAGUACUAACUUAUCAUCCAAACCGCAGCUUGAAUACGCACGUUUGGAUUGAAGGUCUUAACAAAGCAGAGUGUGAAACGUUGUUCCCUUAUCAGUAUUCGGUGUGUUGAGCCAUAUGUUUUGUAUAUUUCAGUAUAUCUGUGUCACUUCUUAUUUUGAAUGAAGAAUAUGUUCUGUGUGCACUUAAAUGUCUUUCACUUUUAUAAGUAAAAUAAAAACACUGGGUGUGAAAA